UUUACACCAGGAGAGGAAGAGGAGGUCGAAUAGUUGACGAGGAGAGAGAGAGAGAGAGAAAAAAAAAAAACUUCAAGUCGCAGUGAUGCCUGAUGUGCUGCGAUUCGGCCACGAUAUUGGAGGAAUGCGCUUUUGUCGCUCGCAGGGGGUGGAGUUAGAAAGUGAACGAGGGCUGCCUACCAAACAGAGGGAAGAGGAGAAGGAGGAGAGGAAGAGAGAGGAGAGAGACGGGUGGGCAGGCUGCUCACCGUAAGCGAUGGUCCUCGGAUAGAGUCUUGGAAGACCUCAUGAAACUGGCUGGUUGAAUGGGUUGCAGCGGUAAUUGAGCACGGCGUGAUUUGCAUCUCUCGCAUCCUUGGAAGGAAAAAAACAAAACAAAAACUGCAGCAGCACCCAUUGCAAGAACAAUUUUUAUUAUAAAGAAGAGGACUUUCUUUAUAUGUUUUAUUUUUAAUUUUUGUCUACAACUAAUUUUCUCACAUUGAGGCUUUUACACGCCAGCAGAGAACAACUCUUUCCCAGCGGAUAGGACUCACAUGCACGGAGGAAGACAGACCUCCUGCUUGGACCAGAUACCGACCCCCCCCCCCCUCCCCACCUCCACUUCUCUGGCGGGCUCAAGCGCAGCAGUUCCCGGUGAGAAGAGAGGAACAGGACUCCCCAGAAAGCCCCUUGUUUGAAGCCCCAGGAUUUGUGUGGGAGGGAGCAAGGGAGGGUGAGGGGCUUUUGCUGGGAUGUUUGAGUCGCGUUGUUUGGUGGGGUGAAGGGACCGAGAGAGUGGCCGGAGAGAGAGAGAGAGAGACACCCCCCCCCCCCCCCCCAAGGGACGGAGGCCGAGAGUGGAGCCGGGAGCAUGGCUCUGGUGGUGCUGUCUCUCUGGGCGCUAACGAGUCUCACCUGGGCGGACCUGAGCCAGGUUUCAGCCAACAGGCAUUCGGUGUACUGGAACAGCUCCAACAUACAUCUGCGUAGGGAGGGUUACACCAUGCAGGUGAAUGUCAACGACUACCUGGACAUCUAUUGCCCUCACUACAACGACAGCCAGCGCAUGGUGGGCACCGGGGAGCAGUACGUCCUCUACAUGGUCAGUUACCGGGGUUACAGGAACUGCGACCCUCAGCUGGGCUUCAAGAGGUGGGAGUGCAACCGUCCCCACGCCCCCCACGCGCCCAUCAAGUUCUCGGAGAAGUUCCAGCGAUACAGCGCCUUCUCGCUGGGCUACGAGUUCCACGUCGGACAGGAGUACUACUACAUCUCCACACCCACCCAUCAUCAUGGCCGCAGCUGUCUGAGACUACGGGUGUACGUCUGCUGCUCCACUGCCUCUGAUGUGGAUGAUGAGCCAGAGCCUACAGAACCAGACUACACGCUUAGACCAGGCCUAAAAAUCGAUGAUAUUGAUGAAUAUAACCCUUUCGUUCCCAAACUGGAGAAGAGUGUCAGUGGAAGCAGCCCGUCCAGGGAUCGCCUUCUCCUCACCGUGACGAUGCUCCUUCUGGCCACUCUCUUCAUCUCCUAGCAACGGCCAUCCCAUCAGAAUCACCAUGCCAACUAGCCUUGGGAGGGUGUACAGUAUCAGGGGGUGGGAGAGUGGAUGGGGGAGCUACAGAUUCCUCAAAUAGAGUGGAAGGCAAGAGCUUUCUAAGAGUUUCUAAGCAUCACAGUGUGAAUGUGUUUGUGUGUGUGUGUUUGUGUGUGUAUGUGUGUGUGUGUGUAUGUCUGUCUGUGUCUGUGUCCGUGUGUGUUCAUAGACUGUGAGUUUGGUGGGGUAGAAAGACCUUCAGGCCCUGGGUGACACAGAAUGAACUUUUGUUCAACUGCAGUUAGCGGCUACACACAGGUGCAGGUGUGGUGAACUGUGUGUGUGUGUGUGUGUGUGUGUGAGUGUGUCUGUGUCUGUCUGUGUCUGUGUGUGUUUGUGUUUGUGUGUCUGAACAGGCCACAGGUUGAGCAUGUCGAAUCAUGCUCACCACACAAAGCAUUUCUAAAACAGGAGCGGCGGGCUGAAGUCCUAAUGAGAAGAAGAAGAAAAAAGCAUCAAACCGUCCCACCCUAUUGAAAACCAUUUGAGGAUGGUCACCUGGAUCUGGUCGGCUGCAACACUUCCUUAGGGCUAGUUGCCAUAGUUUCUCUUUGCAACAAGACAUAAACUGAACUCAAAUGAACUGAAUCAAUAGAUUUCAGAAAAACUGAACUUUAAAUUGCCUUUUUUUUGUUGUUGAUGUUGUUGAUCUUGAGGCUGGGAACUUGUCCCGGUCCAGGGAAGGAGAAAAAAAAAAAAAGGUUCCGGCUUAAGAUAUGCGCUGGUCCUACGUAGGAGACUAGUCAAAGUAGCUGAUAGUUCAAAAUCACAACCUGGAACUCCAAGCAAAGUGUUUUAGUUGUCAUCCUGUUUUCAACAUCACUUCUCAAAUGAAGAAGGUGGGGGGGGGGGAAUACAGAGCAUUUAAACCAUGAUUCAUGCACAAUAACAUGGAUUGUAUUUGGGGAAGAAGGGAGAUGAUUUUACUAUAGAUGUGCCAUUAACUCAGACACUGCAAGGGUUUGCUGAUGCCAUAAGUUGCUUCGAUACUUCUCUGUCCUGUCCCUGGAGUACUCAGUUAAUCCUCUGUUAUCUCUGAGGUUAACGAAGCACACAACGGCUACAGAGCAGCCAUGGAUACACUGAGCAUUACUGUCCUACUCUCAGCAGACGGCAGGCUGUUCCAAAAGAAGAAAAUACAACAACAAAAAGGACGGAGGAAGGACAGUCACUGAUACACGCGAAGAAGCUCAGAUCUCAUCUCUGUAAACCCAUUUAUCAGACGCCACAUGUUCAACAUUUUCUGUUUCUGUACUAGUGUGUGCUUGAGGGUUGAAACAUCUGCCUGAGUGAGUCGUGUGUGUGUGUGUCUGAGAGAGAAAAAGACUAUUUUAAAUGGUACUAACAGCCUGAAAAUACAUCAACCUACUGUACAUCUAUAAGUAUGAAAAUGCAAAAUAAAAAAAAUAAAAAACACAACUAAAGCAACAAAGUAAUACAUACAAACCAAGUGCUUAGGUGGGGAGGUCCGGCAAAUCAAAACUCAAACAGCUACCAGUGGUUGCUUCAGAAUAGCAUUUCAUUUGCAACUAGCACCUUAUCACUAUGGUUACCCUACCCUGCCAGCGAUGGACUCUUGUAAGGCAUGGCUUACUGUAGUAACUGAUAACAAUGAUGACGGUGAAAGUGGUUAUAUUGAGAAUGACAAAGAUGAUGAACUCUAGCCGCUCACCCACCGGCAUGUGAGACGUUAGAGUGCUUUUGUAAAUGUCAGUCACGGACAAAGAAUGGAUUUUCCAAUGUGUUGAAAUUUGCAAAGGUGGAAUGUGAUGUUAGCAUUUUCUUUUUUUUUUUUUUUUACAAACUUGAGGCUCAGUUUUACUUGUGGUUGUUUUUAUUUCUCUGUUUUUCAUUUCUAUUUGGUUGAGUUUGCUGUGGUGUAUUUUUGGUCAUCUUCAGUGGGGAGAUGAGAGUUUCAAAGUGUGAAGAUCGGGUGGGUUGAGCCAUAUGUAAACUUGGGCUUCACUCUGCGAGGCUUUUACCCAACUGAUUAUUUUUUUAACUUUAGCGCUCAGUUAUCUUGUAGAUUACAAAUUCUAUGACGAUCAACACUUACAGAACAUGUGUAUGAGUGGUUCCCAACCCUCUUUAUUUUUUGUUUGACCCUCUUUAGAACUCUCCAGUCGUUUUACUGUUUAGGAUGCGAUUAUGACGGAUGAAGAAAGCUUUCUCAAAUCUUUACGAGUUACCUCGAUUAUUUGACUUGUAACCGUUUUUGGAUCGGUCACGACAGUUGACUUUUUUUGUGCUAAAAACUGCAUUUUGGAUUGGAGUUAAUCAACCAGUCAACAGGUUUUCAUGUAGAAUUUGACUAACAAAACAUCUGAGUGUAAGUGUGCAGCGCUGAAUGCAGUGUUUUUGGAGCUCCAAAAAGUACUUUGGGUUAAAUAAAUCUCUACUUUACCAUUUUAAAGGGGCAUUUUGCAGAUUGUCAUCGUUUUCCUUAUCGACCAGAUGAAGGUACGUGGUGUUAGAAGCACCUGCAGUUGUUGCUGAUGUUGUCUGUGUUGCUUGGGCGCAGGCCAACAUCGCCGCAGCUGCAAAGAAGAUACUUUGAAAUGAUAAAACCGAUUUUUGUGCUGUAGAUUAUUUUUGUCUACUUCACCAUCUUAUAACUUUUGGAUUGGGAACCAUUUAUAUAUGAAUAAAGUAUCAGGAUAAAGUGGCUUUUUUGUCAGUUAUAUAGAGUAUUUUCACAUCAAAUCUUGAAACAAGACAUAAGAGAUUAUACCUUAUUAUACACAGAAGCCUAUCAUUAAGCACUGCAUAAUGACAGUGUGUACACAAACCCAGGUGUAUAUAUGGCUCUCAGUGGGGGGGUUGUGUUGUUUGGGUCCUGGUGUGGAGGGGGGGGGAGGGGGGUUGAAGAGCUGUUCAAGAGGGAAAUAUCACUCUUCAAGAAGUUGCACUUACGAACUUAGACACGAGAGCAAGAAAGUGUGCGUGUUUAUCGUCUGAAUGUGUGUGUGUGUGUGUGUGUGUGAGAGGGAGAGUAUGAAUCAGAGCUCAUCUGUUAAUCACUUCAUGUCUGCGUGUAGGAGUUAUAGCAUGAGAUGCUGUCUGUCUCUGUGUGUGCUGGUGUCAGUGUGUAGACGAGUGUGUGUGUGUGUGUGUGUGUGUGUGUCUGACUGAACGAGUGAGAGAGUGUGAAACUCUUCCUGUGUUUCUAAGAGAGUGUGACCGACUGUUGUCUAGCAAAACAAAACAAAAAAGCAUUUAUUAGUGUUGGAAACAACAAUUACAAUCAUGUUUACCUUCGACUGGAAUGACUUUAAAUGAACUUGAAAAUAAACUGUAAACUGAACAAACCAUAACAGGUUAUAACAAUGAUCAUGAUAACAAAAAUAAUAAGCUUACAAAUCUUACUUUUAAGAA